GGGACCCGGAUGGUGAGCGUGCGGGCCCGGACCCGAGCGGACGCCGACACCUUGCGGUCCUGCGGCGGGCGGCUCAGGGGCCAGGUGCUGACACCAAUUCUGGAUACUAUACUUGGCGGUGUUGGUGAUUGAUUAGGCCAAGGUCAAGCAGACAGAUCACCUGCCCUGCCAGAACUGUCCCUUCAGAUUCUGACUCCCUGCUGGCUUGGGAAACAGCAGUCAGGAUCACACACCCAGGGUCGCUGUGUUGGUGGCCGCCAUCCACGGUGGCCAAGCUUGUUCCCGGGACUUAGUGCUGUCCUGCUGUCUCUGCAGGGAUGCGCCAUGCCGAUCGUCGAUAAGCUGAAGGAGGCCCUGAAGCCCGGCCGCAAGGACUCCACCGAGGAUGGGGACCUGGGCAGGCUGCUGGCUGCCUCUGCCAAGAAAGUCCUUUUACAGAGGAUCGAGUUUGAGCCGGCCCGCAAGAGCUUCUCCUACCAGCUGGAGUCCUUGAAGAGCAAAUACGUGCUGCUGAACCCCAGGGCAGAAGGAGCUGCCCGGCACAGGAGUGGAGAUGAGCUGCAGGCCAGGAAACAGGGCAGCGAGCGUGCAUCAGGAGGUGGAGGGGAUGGAGUUCCUGCUCCCCAAAAAGUGCUCUUCCCCACAGAGCAGCUGUCCCUCCGGUGGGAGCGCAUCUUCCGUGUGGGUGCAGGGCUGCACAACCUGGGAAACACCUGCUUCCUCAACUCCACAAUCCAGUGCUUGACCUACACACCGCCUCUGGCCAACUACCUGCUCUCCAAAGAGCAUGCGCGGAGCUGUCACCAGGGAAGCUUCUGUAUGCUCUGUGUCAUGCAGAACCACAUCGUCCAGGCCUUCGCCAACAGUGGCAACGCCAUCAAGCCCGUCUCCUUCAUCCGAGACCUGAAAAAGAUUGCCCGGCAUUUUCGCUUUGGGAACCAAGAGGACGCACACGAGUUUCUGCGGUACACCAUCGACGCCAUGCAGAAGGCCUGCUUGAAUGGCUAUGCCAAGUUGGAUCGGCAAACUCAGGCUACCACUCUGGUGCAUCAGAUCUUCGGAGGCUAUCUCAGGUCCCGAGUGAAGUGCUCCGUGUGCAAGAGCGUCUCGGACACCUACGACCCCUACUUGGACAUAGCGCUGGAGAUCCGGCAAGCUGCAAAUAUUGUGCGCGCUCUAGAACUUUUUGUGAAACCAGAUGUCCUGAGCGGAGAGAACGCCUAUAUGUGCGCUAAAUGCAAAAAGAAGGUUCCGGCCAGCAAGCGCUUCAGCAUCCACAGGACAUCCAACGUGCUCACCCUUUCCCUCAAGCGCUUUGCCAACUUCAGUGGGGGCAAGAUCACCAAGGAUGUGGGCUACCCGGAGUUCCUGAACAUCCGGCCAUAUAUGUCCCAGAAUAGCGGGGACCCCGUGAUGUAUGGGCUGUACGCUGUCCUGGUCCACUCAGGCUACAGCUGCCAUGCCGGGCACUACUACUGCUACGUGAAGGCAAGCAACGGACAGUGGUACCAGAUGAACGACUCCUUGGUCCAUUCCAGCAACGUCAAGGUGGUUCUGAACCAGCAGGCCUACGUGCUCUUCUACCUGCGAAUCCCAAGCUCUAAGAAGAGUCCUGAAGGUGCCAUCUCCAGGGCAGGCCCUGCCCUUCCCAGCCGCCCAAGUGUCAUUCCAGAUCACACCAAGAAGAGCACUGGCAAUGGAGUGGCUUCCUCCCCGCUGACUGCAAAGCGAGCAGACUCCGUGCUGAUUCGGAAACUGCCGGCCCCUGAGGAGACGGGCGUGCCCGUGUCCAGGAACGGCUCUCUGCCCAGCCUGAAGUCACAAAAUGGAUGUGUUCCCGCGAAGCCGCCCUUGGGGUCCCCCCCGUCCCGACUCCUCCUCACGCCCACACGCGUGCCCACGCUCCUGGAGGAGCCAGGCAAGAAGGCGAAGAAGCCGGCGCCGCCCCAGCCCUCCUCCCCGUCCCCGCGGAUCCCUCAGGGCUCGCCCGCGGCCGGGGACGCCGCGGGCCGGCGGCCGGGCUCCUGGGACGGCGGCAGCGCCACCCUCUCUACCUCACCGAAGCUCCUGGCCAAGGCCGCGGCCAACGGGCACGGGCCCAGAGGAGACGACCCCUCGGACCCAGAGAAGGGGGCCUCCGGCAGCCCCAGCCCCGAGCACUGCACCAGCAGCGGCCCCGCCACGGCCCCCCAGACCCCCGAGCGCGGAGCCGCCCGACUCUGCCAUCCUCAGGGAACAGACGGCCCCCCUGCUGCCCACGCCAAAGCGCCGCCGGGCGGCGCAGAUGCCAAGGCGGCGAAGCUGAAGUCCCCCGCCCCGGGCAGCGCUGCCACCGAGCCCGCGAGCCUCAUGUCUCCUCCCCCAGCCAAAAAGCUGGCCCUGUCUGCCAAGAAGGCCAGCACCCUGCGGAGGGCGACAGGCAAUGACCUCCGUUCACCUCCCCCUCCGCCAUCCUCCGACCUCACCCACCCCACGAAAACCACUCACCCCGCCGCCGCCUCCACCUGGCCUGCCAGCAAAACCAGGGCUGUGUCACCUGCUCCCCAGUCAUUUCACCUCCUGAAGCCUCUUGUCAGCCCCCCUUCAGCAUCAUUGUCCAGUAGUGGUCCCCAACCCCCAGGGACCUCAGAGCCACAGGCCCGGCCCCCCGCCUGGACUGCCCCGCCUCAGGUCAACGGAGCCUUCACGCCCCCGGCACGCCAGCUGCUGGGGGCCAGCCAGGGCCCUCAGAGCCCCUCGAGGAAGAGGAAAAAGACCCCCGCGGAAGAGCCACAGGGGCCGGGCUCCGAGGCACGCCUCCCGCGGCCCCGCAGGAGGCGGAAAAGGAAGAAGGGCCUCGACCACGCAGCCACGGCCACCCCGCAGGAGGAGCGCACGCAGGAGCAGCCUCGGAGCCCCAAGAGCAAGGCAAAGGGCUGGCCAGGACGGCCGGACGACGGCACGCCGCCACGGGUGAACGGCCGUCCAGUGGGCCAUAUGCUGGAUGGCCACCCCGUAAGUGGCAGGAAGAGGAGGAAGACAGAAGACCUCAUGGAAGAAGACGGCCCCUCCCUGGACCCCCCUGAGCACAGCAGCCGCUCCCCCACAGAGCCCAGGGAGCCCGGGGCCAGGGCAGAGUCUCCAAGGAAAAAGAAGAGGAGAAAAAGAAAGCAGGCGUCGCAGCCGGAGGAAGAGGACAGCGAGCCCCCGGGAGGCCGCGAGAGCCCGCGGCCCGUCGUCACCACAGUCCCCGAGUGGAACAGAAGCACUCGGCCUUCUCGGGACCCCCUGGGAAUGGGACAGGCGCCUCUUGUGCCCUGGAACAGAGAUGGAGAAUCUGACGUGGUCCAGGAAUUGCUCAAAUACUCAUCCGAUAAGGCCUAUGGGAGGAAAGUUCUGACCUGGGACGGCGAGCUGUCUGCUGUCAGUCAGGACGCCAUGGAAGACAGCAGAUUGGCCCGGACCCAGACUGUGCUUGACGACUGGGAUGAAGAGUUUGACCGAGGGAAGGAAAAGAAAACGAAGAAGUUCAAGAGAGAGAAGAGGAGAAACUCGAACGCAUUUCAGAAGCUUCAGAGUCGACGGAACUUUUGGUCUGCGACUCACCCAGCCAAGGCCUCCAGCCUGAGCCAUCGCCGCUGACACCCGCGGCAGAGGCAGCUCUGGAGGAUGCCGCGCGCCGCCGGUGUCGUGCGUGGACCACGGAGGGUAGCCGUGCGGAUGCCAGUCUCUUCUCGCCUGGAGGAUCCGUGUUCCCUCCCGUAGCCUCGCGGCGCCGUCGUGCCGGAUGUCCCGGGCGCCACGGGUCUGGCUCUGCGGCGCGGCCCGGUGUGGGCUCCGCGGCCCCGUCAUCUCUGCGGCGCCGUGAGCUGUCGCAGGAAGGGCGCGGGCACAGUCUCCAGGUGACCCCACCCGGAGCCCGUGUGGCUUCUGCAGCUCAGGGCCUCCGUGUCGCUCACACACGGGACCGCCUAGAGCCGGCAGCCGCCGCGGGGACCUGGACGGCGGGACGCCGGGGACGGGGCACCCGGAUGGACAGAGCCGCCGGCCGCGGGCCUGGGCGGUCUGGGCAGGGUUUCCGGCACGUCCUUGGCUCAGGUGGCAGGCCUGUGCUUGGUGGCUCUUUCCGGGGAGCUGUCCCUU